CAAUGAAACUCUUCUAUGGCUUGAUUUGGACUUUAUUCCAUGUUUGCUGGACGCUGGAGCAUCCUGAAUCAGUGUUUUCACCCCCUGGUGGCUCAGUGAUUGUCCACUGCAAAUAUGGAAGAGGUGAUGAACGAGCUGUCAAAUACUGGUGCAAAGAAGAAAAAUUCAGAUUCUGUUCUAGAAACCGCACCAUCCGAACAACUGGAUCAGAGACAGAGGUGAAGCGGAAUGGAAUGUCCAUCAAAGACAUCCAUGUGCUUCAUAUAUUCAGAGUGGUCAUGGAGAACCUCACCCACAACGAUGCCGGGACUUACCUUUGUGGGGUAGAGAGGAGAUACGAUAUCUGGUGGCCAGUGGAACUAAUCAUUACUGCAGAUGAUGCUUCCACAUCUACAUCUAGAAAUGAAGAACGUAGAACAGAAGAACCAAGUGAAUCUACAUUAACUCCUGAAAGAAAUCAGCUCAGCAGCCUCGAUUUUCAAAUCCUGAUCAUCUUGAAAAUACCCAUCUUUCUAAUUAUGCUAGCUGCUAUAGUCUGGGUGCAUGUAUGGUACAGGAGAGGAAAAUGCUCCAGUGGCCAGAUUCCAGAGACAGAAGGAGCAAAAGCAUAACUAAUGACUUCAUUUCACUCAAUUGCAUCAUUAACUCCCGGAUUUCCAGCUGUCUCUUUCUCAUCUUGGAGCGGAUCAAGAACCUGACCUUCUGAUUUCACAUCCAGAAGAUUCGUGACUAUAACUAGUGAUGGCUGUAGCCAGCCUCUUCCUGACUACCUUAAGAAAAACCAGGAGAGAAGAGGAAAGCUUUGGUUGAUUUACAUCAUUCAAACAGUAAAUCAGCACUGAAAUUCAGAUUGGUUAAACAUGAAUCAGAGGAAAUACAUAGCAGAGGUUGAAACAUUCAUUCUUCCUUGCCUAUGGACUCCUUUACCCUUGCUUCUCUCCCCCUUUCAUCUCCUGAGCACAUCUUAUACGGUCCACAGCUGCAGUGUACUUUAUCUAAAGAUUGCUAGUGUCACAAGCUAUGAUGUCCUUUACUGGGGCAGUAAGAAUAUCCACACACAAAUACAUACUUCUUUCUUUUCCACAAAAGUGCCAGUAAGUUUGAAAUCAUAUACUACUAUUUGUGUUUUACCACAUCAAUGUUAUCCUAGAAUGGUUGAAGGCUUCUGGUGGUCCUUUCUAAAUUUGUUGUGGGGUUCUUCUGUAAGUUGCAGGCACUGGGGAAAAACAGCUCUCCCCCCACCCCACCAUAUGUCAUUUUUGGAUUAAACCAAGUUAGAUAAUAAUCCUAGCACGGUUCCCAUCACUAUUUGUCUAAUGUAUUCUGAUCUCAGCUGUAUA